CUUUGGCAGACGUGCGCGUUCAUAAAGGAGCCAGGACACGGCGAGACUGCCUGGCACAGUGAUCUCAACACGUCACCUUUCGACACAAACGACAUGCUCACCUUCUGGUUGAUUGCAUUGCAACGGCCUCAACGUCUUGACUCGGGGUCAACAGGCUCCCACAGGGACUUUGCGCUGCCUUACUGGUACUCCAACGAAGGCAUGAUGAACCUUGAGGACAGGGACUAUCCUGUUGCCUCCCACGCUCCUCUGGCUCCUGGGGAUGCGACGGCUCAUCAUGGCUGGGUACUCCAUGCCGCUCCUCCAAACCUCUCCGAGGACACAAGGAUCGCCUUCACCAUCGCAUACGUCAAGACAGGUAAAGCGCAGCCCCGCAGCAACGACACAGAUGUUAAGACAUUGCAGGUGCCAAGAGGAUUCCAAAGAAGGGGCUGA